AUGGCUUCUCCUUCCCUCCACAAAACUUGAUUAAAGCUAAGUUUUAUCCGAUCAAAUCACAGCCAUGAAAAAUGUUCAAAGAUCUCUGCGGCCGCCAUUGUUGGGGCUUCUGUUACUGCUACUAUGCUCAUUCGCCACGGCGGCGCGUCGGCCGGCGGGAUACAUGAAAUACAAGGAUCCGACGAGGCCGAUCUCGGCCAGGAUUCGAGAUUUGAUUGGGCGGAUGAGUUUGGAGGAGAAGAUCGGGCAAAUGGCGCAGCUCGAUCGCGAAGGCCUCACGCCGGAGAUCAUGAGGGAUUACUCUAUUGGCAGUGUGUUGAGCGGCGGCGGAAGCGUGCCGAGGGAGAAAGCCACGGCGGCGGAAUGGGUGGAGAUGGUGAACCGGUUCCAAAACGGUUCGCUGUCGAGCCGGCUAGGGAUUCCGAUGAUAUAUGGGAUUGAUGCUGUUCAUGGGAACAAUAAUGUCUACAAGGCUACUAUUUUUCCCCACAAUAUUGGAUUAGGUGCAACAAGAGAUCCUCAACUAGUGAAGAGAAUUGGUGCUGCAACUGCCCUUGAGACUAGGGCUACUGGCAUAACUUAUGCUUUUGCUCCAUGUAUCGCGGUAUGCAGAGAUCCAAGGUGGGGACGGUGUUAUGAAAGCUAUAGUGAAAAUCCUGAAGUAGUGAAAGAAAUGACAGAAAUCAUACUUGGUUUACAAGGAGAUCUUCCCCAGGAUUAUCCCAAGGGCUUUCCUUACGUUGGUGGCAAGAGCAAGGUAGCUGCAUGUGCAAAGCAUUUCGUGGGGGAUGGAGGUACAACGUACGGAGUGGAUGAAAGCAACACAGUUAUCGAUUGGGAUGGAUUGCUAAGCAUUCAUAUGGCGGCGUAUUACCCUUCCAUCCUCAAGGGAGUCUCCACCGUCAUGGUCUCCUACUCCAGCUGGAACGGCAAGAAGAUGCACGCCAAUCGCGCUCUCAUCACCGACUUUCUCAAAGGCACUCUUGACUUUAAGGGUUUUGUGAUCUCAGAUUGGCAAGGGAUAGAUAGGAUCACUAUCCCGGACCAUGCAAACUACACGUACUCAGUUUUAGCUGGUGUUGGAGCUGGGAUUGACAUGAUCAUGGUCCCUUAUAACUACACAGAGUUCAUCGACAUUUUAACUUACCUGGUGAAGAACAAGUUUAUCCCCAUGAGCCGGAUCGACGAUGCCGUUACGCGGAUCUUGAGAGUCAAAUUUGCCUUGGGUCUCUUCGAGAAUCCACUCGCUGAUCUUAGCCUGACUGAUCAACUUGGAAACCAGGCUCACAGAGAUUUGGCAAGCGAAGCAGUGAGGAAAUCACUUGUUCUAUUGAAGAAUGAGGCUUUGCUUCCUCUCCCUAAAAAGGCAACAAGAAUCUUAGUUGCUGGAAGUCAUGCUGACAAUUUGGGCUACCAAUGUGGUGGAUGGACUAUCACUUGGCAAGGACUUAGUGGCAACACCACUAUCGGAACAACCAUAUUGAAAGCUAUAUCAGACACAGUUGAUCCAACCACAGAAGUAGUGUACAACGAGAACCCCGACCCCAACUUCAUCAACUCCAAUGAUUUCGCCUAUGCCAUCGUCGUGGUGGGAGAGCAUCCCUAUGCCGAGUACGACGGGGACAACAUGGACUUAACUAUCCCGGAGCCCGGCCCCGCCACCAUCACCACCGUCUGCGAAAACAUCAAGUGCGUGGUGGUGCUCAUCUCCGGCCGACCGCUAGUGUUGGAACCCUAUCUCCCCAAAAUGGACGCUCUAGUGGCUGCAUGGCUCCCCGGAAGUGAAGGACAAGGCGUGGCUGAUGUUUUGUUUGGAGAUUAUGAAUUCACCGGAAAGUUACCUCGGACUUGGUUCAAGACCGUAGACCAACUCCCUAUGAACAUCGGGGAUUCACACUAUGAUCCGUUGUUUCCCUUUGGGUUUGGACUAACAACUGAACAAGUACAACCUAUUGCGGAUUCAUGAGGGCUAUAUAUAGUAUAAUAGAUAUCUAGGUAGAGUAUAUAUAUUGUGGAUCAGAUCGACAUUUUUUCGAGAUGAUCCAAAAUAUUUAAAUAAAUAUAGGGUCAGAAUUAUUAUUCUUAUGUGUAGAUUGUAAUAGAUUGUCGCAAUAAAUAAUGCAUAUAUAGUCAAUCAAUGUAGUGUCCAAGCUAUGCUCUAAUAAUUAUUUAUAUUCUGUUGAUGCAUGAA